AUGCAGGCUUUCUCAAGAUGUGCUCGGCCUUUGGCGCAGACUGCUGCCCGGCGACAAAGUUAUGCUACAGCGUCGGCUGCAUACACUUCGACGGUAGACAAUCUCCGCAUCAAUAAGGAUACAAAAGUCAUCUAUCAGGGUUUUACCGGCAAGCAGGGAACUUUCCACGCACAACAAGCUAUCGAGUACGGCACACAGGUUGUAGGAGGAACGAAUCCAAAGAAAGCUGGACAGACACAUCUUGGUUUACCCGUCUUUGGAAACGUUGCCGAUGCAGUGAAGCAGUCCGGAGCUACCGCUUCUGCGAUCUUUGUCCCCCCACCUCUUGCUGCUGCUGGUAUUGAAGAAGCUAUUGCCGCCGAAAUCCCCUUGGUAGUCUGCAUCACCGAGGGAAUCCCACAACAUGAUAUGGUUCGAAUCACCGAUAUCUUAAAAACGCAAGGGAAGACACGUUUGGUGGGGCCCAAUUGCCCGGGCAUCAUUGCGCCAGGGCAAUGUAAGAUUGGUAUCAUGCCAGGUUUCAUCCACAAGAGAGGACGUAUUGGUAUUGUUUCUCGAUCUGGAACUUUGACCUAUGAGGCAGUCAACCAGACUACUCAAGCUGGUCUUGGCCAGUCACUAGUUGUAGGGAUUGGUGGUGACCCAUUUUCCGGAACCAACUUCAUUGAUUGCUUGAAGGUAUUCCUGGAAGACGAGGAGACUGACGGUAUCAUCAUGAUCGGUGAGAUUGGAGGGUCUGCCGAAGAAGAUGCGGCCGAAUUCCUGAAGGAGCACAACCGCGGAAACAUGCCAGUCGUUAGUUUCAUUGCUGGUAUCUCUGCACCACCAGGACGGAGAAUGGGCCACGCCGGCGCCAUCGUCAGUGGUGGAAAGGGAGGAGCUGAUUCUAAGAUCGCAGCACUUGAAGCUGCUGGUGUUAUCGUGGAGCGAAGUCCAGCUCAGCUUGGAAAGACAUUGCAUGCAGAAACAAAGAUCAAGAUGCUCUCCGGCAUCCUAAUCUUCAACCAAAAAGGCGAGAACCUUAUAUUCCGGGCAUUCCGCAACGACUGCCGCCCGCGCCUCGCCGACGUUUUUCGCAUCCAAGUCAUCUCCAACGCGCAGGUCCGCUCCCCCAUCCUCACCCUCGGCAGCACGACAUUCAGUCAUGUUAAACACGAAAAUAUCUACCUGGUGGCCAUUACGAAGAGCAAUGCUAACGCAGCGCUGGUGUUUGAGUUCCUAUACCGGUUGAUUGCUCUGGGGAAAGGGUAUUUUGGGAAGUUUGAUGAGGAGGCCGUGAAGAAUAAUUUCGUGCUAGUCUAUGAGCUCCUGGAUGAAGUUCUAGACUUUGGGUACCCCCAAAACACCGAAACGGAUACCCUCAAGAUGUAUAUCACAACUGAAGGCGUCAAGUCAGAACGAACGAUGGAAGACUCGGCAAAGAUAACGAUGCAAGCAACGGGAGCCCUAUCAUGGCGAAAAGCAGACGUCAAGUACCGCAAGAAUGAAGCAUUUGUCGAUGUUAUUGAGGAUGUGAAUCUCCUGAUGUCUGCAACAGGCACCGUGCUCCGCGCUGAUGUCAACGGGCAAAUAAUCAUGCGCGCAUAUCUUUCUGGGACACCGGAAUGUAAAUUUGGCCUCAAUGACCGCCUCCUUCUGGACGGUGACAACCUUUCCUCUCUGCCUUCUGGCAACAGAAUGGGGACCAAAGCCACUAAAGCAGCCGCUGGGAGCGUCACCCUUGAGGAUUGCCAAUUCCACCAAUGCGUCAAGCUGGGGAAAUUCGAUACCGACCGCAUUAUAUCCUUCAUCCCGCCAGACGGUGAGUUCGAACUCAUGCGCUACAGGGCUACCGAGAACGUGAACCUCCCAUUCAAAGUCCAUGCUAUCGUCAACGAAGUCGGCAAGACAAAAGUCGAAUACAGCAUCGCCAUCCGCGCCAACUACGGCAGCAAGCUCUUUGCUACUAAUGUUGUUGUGCGUAUCCCGACACCUCUAAAUACCGCCCGCAUCACGGAGCGGUGUACACAGGGGAAAGCUAAGUACGAACCGAGCGAGAACAAUAUCGUGUGGAAGAUCCCGCGCUUCACGGGCCAGAAUGAGUUCGUACUCUACGCCGAGGCGACGCUGACAAGCAUGACGAAUCAAAAAGCGUGGUCAAGACCUCCGCUAAGCUUAAAUUUUGGCUUGUUGAUGUUUACCAGUUCGGGGCUGUUGGUGCGGUAUUUGAAAGUUUUUGAGAAGAGCAAUUAUUCUAGCGUGAAAUGGGUGCGGUAUAUGACCAGAGCGGGGUCUUAUGAGAUACGGUUUUAA